AUGCUCCUUGCUCUCCGUUUCUUUGACGGAGUAUGGAUCUCGCCUCGGGCCAUCGCGAUCUGCGGCGCUUUCGCCCAGGUGACUCAUGUGACGAGUGCAAUGCGCGCCGCUGGUACAGCGACAGCGGCUUCCACUACUUCUUAUGUUCCCACUGAGCAUGAAGAAGAAGGAAACUACGGUAACCGUGGACAUACCGCCCGCAGACAAAAGGAGGUCCGCGAGCGUGAGGCCCGCCAUCUAUCCGGCAUCGAAGCGCGCGAGCUGUUUCUCGAGUGCCUGCAACUCCUAUUGCGCAAGCAAGUGGUUUGGCUACAACAGCACGAGCGGCAGCUCCGAGGUGAUGGCGAAGCGUCCACAUCUGCGCAGUCUCCCAUGGCAGGCCUGGAGUCGGCUGUGCGCGAUCUCUGGGACCUGCGCAUCCGCUAUUUUCACGGUCUUACCGUGACGGCACUGGCAGAUGCUGACCCGCGGAAUCAUGGAAGCCGCAGCUUGAGUCGCAGCCGUAGCCGGAGCCAGAGCCGGGCCACAAACGGAACACAGUCUGGGUCCGAGUCAGACGGCCGGACAGCCUACAGCUCGCAGCAAGCAAGCGACACAGAAGGCGGCUAUACCAGCGGCGGCAGCCGCCUGUCACAACGGCGGGCACGAUCGAGAUCUGCACGCAAAUGGCAAUCUGGCCCAGAUGAACGAUGGAAUGUGCCUGGCGUCAUCGAGACGCUGGCGAUCUGCUACCUUGGCGGUGUAUUAUUACAACUUCCGUUCCGCAUCGGCGAUUUUUACCGGUGGGCUAGAAACGACAAGAUACCGUUCCUAGAUGCAACCAAGCACAUUCCCAAGAUCAUGCGUGAUCGACUCCCUCCGAGCUACCUCAGCGCCCUGACCACAAAGCUGCCCUCUCUUGUCCGCGGCGAGCUGCACGAGGCAGUGGUGAAUCUUGUGAAAGGAUUUAGGCUCAACAAUGAGUUGCACUUCCCAGGACUAAACGUGCCACCCAUUCUGUGGAAGUGGACAAGAGACCUCGGUCUCCCAAAGCGACCCAGGCUCUAUUUGGUCGACCACCCAGACGUCUUCCUACUAUCAACAAUGAUCCUGGUCACGAAGCUUUUGUACCCAUUUAACAAUGUGGACGAUGCGCACGUUAGUGGCAGCCGACAACUCCACAGCAAUGAAGACGGUUCCACCAAAAGAGAAGUCUAUGCCGACGACGAGCGUACCAGACCCCAGCAUAUCUUGAUGGACUGGAGGAAAUGGCAGGCCGUCUUCAACGCGUCGCCAAAGCGGCUGCCAGUAGCACGACAACUAGAACGCCACGGUAUUUCCAAGUUGCGAGCACGAGACGCGUGGAGCUUGACAGAGGACCAGAUUGACGACUACCUGGACUGGCACCAGCAGUAUCGGUUAACCGAGAAAGAUGAUCCACGCCACAUGUUACGCCUAUUUCCCUUGCAAGAAAUAAGGCCACGAACACCCUUUGCAGAUGAACCCGAAGAAGCGUUGGACAGUCGAUAUCGACUGGUACAGGAAACCUGCCUCGUGAUCCCCAGCGUUAACGAAGAACAGACGUCCCAGAAAGUAAAGGGAAAGCGACCAGUACCCAUCAAAGACGAACCUACUUUACAACACCUUCACGACCACCCUAUAAAUAGAUACCGGGAAGAGUCUGACCUUUCCGAAGCAGCUCACGCAUUUUACAGCAGAGCAGCCAACCUGGCUGGAAUCACUGUACAAGCACUCGUCCGCGAAGUGAGUCGACUAGAGAGACGCUGGAUGACGUGGGAUGCGAACCAAGCCAAGAGAUCGUCGAAUCAGUUGCAUGGAGAUAGGACAGACGACAGCGCGGAGGAAGAUGUCACAAUGGUCGUUGACGACGACGAAGGCGACGGAGAUGGUGACGGAGAGCAAUAUUCUCAGUCAUUUGCACACCUUUAUAUGCCAAGUAGUCCUCCAGGAUAG